AUGGAGCAUCUCGAAUCCGCCCUCCGCCCGGUGCUGCAGCCCAUCACACAAAACCUCCCUGGACCAAUCCGCGACGUUGGUAUCUCGCUGCUUGGAAACCACUGCUACAAGACGCUCGUUCACGAUGUCCAACUCAGCGACGCUUCCUGCUUCAAGCUGGCCAUCUCCAAGGGCCUCGGUAUCGGCAUCAUCGGCGCCUCUGCUGUCGUUAAGAUCCCUCAACUGCUCAAGCUCCUCAACUCGCAGUCGGCUGCUGGUUUGAGCUUCUUGGCCUACGCUCUCGAGACCAGCUCAUACCUCAUCUCGCUCGCCUACAACGCUCGCAUGGGCUUUCCCUUCAGCACCUAUGGUGAAACCGCUUUCAUUGCCAUCCAGAACGUUGCCAUUGCUGCCCUGAUUCUGCAAUACAGCGGCAAGGGUGCUGCUGCCGCUGCCUUUGUUGCUGGCCUGGCUGCUGCUGGCUACUCGCUGUUCAACCCCAAUGUCAUUGACAUGAAGACAAUGAGUCUUCUUCAGGCUGGUGCUGGUGCCCUCGGUGUUGCCAGCAAGCUGCCCCAGAUCAUCACUGUCUGGCAACAGGGUGGCACUGGUCAGCUGAGCGCUUUCGCUGUCUUCAACUACCUCUUCGGCUCUCUUUCGCGCAUCUUCACAACCCUUCAAGAAGUCGACGACAAGCUCAUCCUUUACGGCUUCAUCUCUGGCUUCGUCCUCAACGCCGUGCUCGCUCUCCAGAUGAUCUAUUACUGGAACAGUGCUCCCAGCAAAGUCAGCGCUCCCUCGCACAAGUUGAACGAGUCGGGAAGAAAAGAGGCUAUCGCCAUGACUACCAGUGCUGAGCCCAAGGGCAAGAGCCCUAGCACUCGCAGAAGAGGUUAG